AUGCCAUUCUUAACGAAGAUAAAGUGGGUAGUUCUUUCCGUAGUCACUUUAUCUGUGGCAUCUAUCAUCAUUCAUCUAUCUUUGGCAAAGUUGUGGUCUGUUAACUUAGUGCAGUAUAAAGCACUACCUAGUCUUCCUGAAGAUUUUGGGUUUGUGUUGCCUAGACAGGUCGUAAAGAAUAAGAAGCUAUGGGGUUCCAUUGAGUCUUUGGAAGCAUUACAACCUCAUGCUGAUGCUAGAAGCAAUUAUUCUGGUAAUAAAUUUGCUCAAAUUUCUUAA